AUGGAAAUUUUUUUGCUUGAGGGUGAACCUCGAGCUUGCUUGAGAAGUCAUAUUAUUGAAAGUUUAGAACAUUGUAUUGUUAAAAAAGAGGAUGAUUGGAACCUAAUUGCUAUCACAUGUGAAUCCAUAAAUAAAUCAGAUACUGGAGCAAAGGAAGCAGCUAAAUUUAUUAGGAAAAAAUUAUCUAGGUCGCAGCCUCCUAAUGUUCACCUCCGAAUCUUAACGUUAAUAAAAGCGAUGGCUGACAAUUGUGGUGCAAAAUUUCAUGCAUUGGUAAUCUCACCUCAAACUGAUGCUACUGUUAAACAAAAAGUCAUUCAAUUAUUGGCCGCUUUAGCUAAUACGUUUCAAAAUGAACCUAGUCUGUACCAAUUUUACAAUCUUUAUACAAAGCUUACAGGGAAUCAAGGAUCACAAGUUCCUUCACAGACACGAUAUUAUGAUGGCCAAGAUAGAAAUUGGGAUGUUUCAUUGGAAGCAAAAAUUGCAGAAGAUAUCGAGGUUGCUAAGAACAAUGUACAAUUGCUUACACAAACAUUAUCGUUUACUGAUCCCGAAAGCGAAGAUAUUACUAAAAACGAGUUAAUUCAGGAAUUUUAUAAAAAAUGUAAAGCUUUACAUGACAAUUUGAUGAAAUAUCUAUCAGAAGUUCAAGAUGAAGAAUGGAUUGACACUUCUAUCAGUAAAUCAAGAACUUUUGAAUGGUUUCAAAAUAAAAUUACAAAUAGACGUGAUGAAGAGAAUUUAUUUAAUGAAGGGCUUGAAAGUGCAGCAGGAGUUGGUGGAAGUAGGGAGACUCCAUAUGAGGAUCCAUUUGGAGAUAAUAACGGAUACAAUGAUCAUAAAAUACAAUCAGGACCAAGUUCUAAGGCUUUAGGCAAAAUGCCGGCUUCAAUAUACAAUGAUGAUUCUAUAUUCAAAGAAGAACCACAAGAUCAAAAUAACAAAGAUCAAAAAUAUUCAAAUAUAUCAACGCCACCCAUACAACCUUAUAAA